CUUCCCAGCACUUCUGUCCCUCGCCGGCUGCCAUAGCUCUAACCUGACGUCAUGUCCUGCCCUGAACUAACAUGAAAGUUAGAGCGCGAAAUUAGGUUGGCGCAGUUACUGCAGUGCUCCUGCCUCGGAAGCGGCCGGCCAUGGACCAAGUGUCCUGCAUGAAGAGCCUGCUCCUGGCAGUGGCGCAGUACCGCAGCUGUAAGAACGAGGCCAACGGGGCAGCGCUGCAGCGGCAGCUGGAGGCCUUCCUGGGGUUAAAGCUCAACAGGUUCUUUGUGUCCAGCCACAUCCUGCCCAGCGAGUGUGUGAGCAGCCUGGUGGAGCUCAUCGAGGACCCCAACAGCAGCCCUGCUGUCACCCUCAAGACCAUCACCCUGCUGUCCAGCCUGGCUUCUGAUGUUCAAACAAGAGAAACUCUUUAUGCUGCCUACAAUGUCACCAGUGUGCUGGCUGGUGUGGUUCACAGGUACAGCUCCAUCCUCACCGAUCCUGUGCUAUUACAGAGCCUUCAGCUGCUGCAAAGACUGACCUACGAUGUGAGAGUUCUGCAUGCAAGUGUUAAUAUAGAGGAAUUAAUUUCCUUCUUGAUGAACAGAAUUCAGUCCCCUGAAGAUGAUCUAACCAUGCCGUGUCUUGGCCUUUUGGCAAACCUUUGCCGGAACAAUCUUUCUGUCCAGUCACAUGUCAAGUCAUUGAACAAUGUUAAAGGAUUCUAUCGCACCCUGAUUAGCUUCUUGGCCCACACCCGUUUGACUGUUGUAGUAUUUGCGCUUUCACUACUGGCAAGUCUGACAUUAAAUGAAGAAGUGGGAGAAAAGCUUUUUCAUUCCAGAAAUAUUCAUCAAACAUUUCAGUUAAUAUUUAACAUUCUUGUCAAUGGGGAUGGUACUUUAACAAGAAAAUACUCUGUGGACCUUCUUAUGGAUUUGUUAAAAAACCCCAAAGUUGCAGAUUAUUUAUCAAGAUAUGAACAUUUCAAUUCAUGUCUUAUUCAAGUGCUGGGACUCCUACAUGGCAAGGAUCCUGAUUCUGCUAUGAAGGUGUUAGAAUUGUUGCUGACUUUCUGCUCGGUCCCCAGUUUACGCCACGUACUGCGACAGACUAUACUAGAACAAUCGAGUAUGCCUUCUGCAGGGAAUAAGAGACUUGGGCCACGUACAAGAUCUGCUGAGCCUGCUGUGGCUCUUGUUCAUUGGUCCAGCCAAGCACUGGACGCUCCUCAGAACUGUGCAGUACUGGCACUGGAGCUCUUCAAGGAAGUUUUUGCAGAUGCCAUUGACACUGGGACCAGCCAGUCUGCAGAAAGGUUUGUAGAUCUUCUGUUGCCUGUUAUCCUUGAGCAACUUCACGUUCCUGAUCCUUCUUUGGAUGAACAAUUAACAAAGAAGAAAUGUGAAAGAAUGGUGAAAUCAACAGACGUAUUGAUCACGCUCUGUACCGAAGACGCAUUAAAAUCCCGGGUCGCCACGAAGCUUGCUGUCAACAGAUGUGUUGCUCUUGUAGAAUACCAGUUCACCUUCAGUGGGGCAGACUCCAGCUUUGGGUCUAAAAUGGUGGAUUCUGAACUCUCCAAUGUUUCCUCAGAUGUUAUACUGAAGACUUUGGACGUUAUGAGCAGAAUAAAACAGUUGGUCACAAACAUGGAAGCUGCCUUCUAUAAGAUACUGCAGGACCAGCGUUUGAUUCAGUCACUGUCUUUUGCAUUAACCUCAGAUAACAGAGAGCGAGUUCAAGCUGGUCUUCGAAUAUUAUUUGAAGCUGCACCACUGCCGGACUUCCCAGCAUUUGUGCUUGGGGAAAGUAUCGCUGCUAAUAAUGCAUAUAUACGGCAAGAAAAAGAUCAUCCGUCAAAAAGAUUUGGGUUGCUUGUUACUGCAAACAAUUGUAAACCACAACAGACCCCUAAAAUGCACAGCAUGGAUAUAUCAACCUUAAGUAUUCAGGAUCUCAUUCAAAAACUGCAGACCGGGAUGGAGUUGAAAGAACAAGUGAGUGAUGUUAGGAUUUCUGAUAUCAUGGAUGUUUAUGAACAAAAACUGUGCGCUCUAGCUUCUAAAGAGAGUCGGCUACAGGAUCUUUUAGAAGCAAAGACCUUAGCUCUUGCUCAAGCAGAUCGACUUAUUUCACAGUAUCAAUGUCAGAGAGCACAAGCUGAAGCAGAGGCAAGAAAGCUGGCUGCAUUACUUAAGGAGGCAGAAAGGAAGAAUGAGGAACGCUGCUUGCUUCUAAAGUCUCAACAACUUGAGUCUGAACGAGCAAAGAGUGACAUUGAGCAGUUAUUCCAGCACAGCAGGAAGUUACAAGUUGUGGCGGAAGAGCAUGAAAAACUAAAAGUCUCCUAUGCUGAUCACAUAUUGAAAUAUGAACUCUGUGAAAAACAGUACAAGGAGCUGCAGGCGUCGUAUAAUGUGUUAAGUAAGCAAGCAGAGACCAUGAAAAAGCUGAAUGACUCCCUCAAGCUACAGAAUGAAAAAACUCUGGCACAAUUAGAAGACAUUGAAAAUCAAAGAAAAGAAGUGUCCAAACAGUUACAAGAUCGAGAGAGCAAAAUACUGAAUUUUCAACAGAAAGUAAAAGGGUUAGAGGAAAAAGUUAAAGCGAAACAAAAGGAGAAAGAAGAUAUGGAAGAAAGUAUUGAUAUCCUUCGUAAAGAAUUAAGCAAAACUGAACAAGCAAGGAAGGAAUUGAGCAUUAGGACAUCUUCACUAGAAGUUCAGAAGACUCAGUUAGAAACCCGUCUGGAAGAGAGAGAAGCAAUUUUAAGAUCCCAACAAGAAGAGCUGAGCAAACAUUCAAAUAUGAUUGCCAUGAUACACAGCCUGAGCAGUGGCAAACUCAAUUCAGAGAAUGUGAACCUCAGCCUUUAGUAAAAAAAAAAAAAAAAAAUUGCUAUAUGGUUCAUUCAUUUGUGCAGCAAGCUUGUAACAUCACAGAGAAAAAUGGUCACACCACGCAGCUACUUUUUUAAUAUGUAAUACUAAUGGUCAAAAACUACUUUUUAAUUGUUUUACAAUACAGUCAACAGAGGAAUUCUCAAUACUCUGUAUAAAAUAUACAUUUCCUUUACAUGGUAUAAUGGUGUGGCUUUUUUCAUUCUUUAGCUCUUCCAAUAUAGAAUAAGCAGUUCAUGGAGUCGCUUAAGUCGAGCUUUAUUAAAAUAAAGUUUAAUUAUUACAUAAUAAAGGUUAUGUUUCUCUGAUAUAGUCUUGUGUUUCAGUUCAUCACCAUUUUCAAAAACUUUGCGUGCAGAAUUAGAAACAUUCAAGUUAAAGGGGUUGGCCAGUAAAUAACUGUACAGGCAGGAUAGUAACCAGUUCCCUGCUCCAUUUCAUAUGGGUCUCCAUUUACUAAUGCUGAAGCCAGUCACCGGCCUCAGCGGUUAUGUGCUUAGACUCAAUGUUUUUAGCUGCCCAGAAAUAAACUGAGACUGGUGGCACUGGAGUUGCUGUGGGAUUAAAUGAGUGAGUAUUGGUUACUUAGCAUUUUAAAGCAUCCUCUGUCUGUACAAACAUUUCUAUUGGCUGGAAACCUGUUAGGCUAAUUUCACAUGUGCGGCACAGCUCUCUGGGAGGCUGUUCCGGCAGCGAACACCCUGCCAGAUCCAGCAUUGCCAGAUGUUACUGGAAUGCCCGCUGGCCCCAUUGACUAUAAAGGGGUCCGGGGGAGAUCCGGCCACUACCUGGCAAAUAUGCUGGGUUUUUGCCAGAUGAAAACCGCUGGACACACCAUUUUUUGGCAGGACGAUUUCUGGCAUUCUGUGCCAGAACAGCCUGCCAGAGAGCUGUGCCGCAAAUAGGAAAGUAAACCUUAGUCAGCUGAUAUUUCAGUUUUUGGGUUGAUAAUUAAUUGCUAAUUUUGACAGCAAAUUAAGCAGAGAUCUUUGAAAUGGUGAAAAACUCUAACACAUAGUACUAUAAAUUGUAGUAGUCUUUUUAAUUUACAGGGAUUAUGCUUUCUUUGCAUAUAAAUGUAUUGCAGUUUCCAACAUCACAUUUAAAAUAGUGACCAGUCUUUUUCAGCAGCAGACUAAGGACUGUCACUUUUAACAACCGCAAAUGUUAACAAAGGAUUAGAUUAUUGCUGUUUUAUCAGCCCGGUGUGCACUUUUAGCAAAACAAAUAUGAAUUCUAUUUUAUAGCAUAUUUAUUUUAGCUGAAGUAUGAAAUGUGUAUAGUAGGUGUACAAGCAUAAAUUCAUAUGUAACAUGUUGCAGUUUCACCAUAAGCUCACUAAUCAGCACUACAGAUGUCUCAUUGGCUUUUUAGGAAUAUCUGAAGUACAUAAUUUUAAUGCAUAAAUACAUUAUUUAACAAACUAGUGUAAUUAUUCUGUUGGUAUGUGUCUGAAAAUAUUAAAAUGCUAAACAUG